GGAAUACAACUUGCUAUAUCUACUAUCUCCUGUCUCAUUUUCUACAAAAGUUGAUAUCAUUGAUUUGAUAUGCUGUCAGAACUAUCACCCAGAGAUCAAUCAUAAUGCCUUAACUCUACUUAUCAACCAUCAUUCAAAGAAAACACGACACAAUGCCUUCCAACAACCUGCGCAUGGAUCCCAAGAUGGAUCCCCGCAUGGAAACCGCCCGGACGAUAAGCUCGCAGCGACUUCCCCCGCCCGUGCUGUUCCAAGGUCCUCCGUCGCAUAAUGCUUCCAAUAUCUCCAUUCCGCCGCCGCCACCAGCCUCAGUCGGCGUCAGCCCCCGCGGUGCAACCGACGCAGCUAGAGGGGGAAGCACAUCGCCUCCGCUGCAGCGCAAUCGCUCCGCCCGCGGCCUCGAGACCCCUGGCAGCUUCGGCUCGCCAUUCCUCACCCGCAAGCAGUCGAAGGGGGAUAUCGACGGCUCCGAUGCCAUCUGGCAGGAGAUGCAGAGCGCGCUCUCGGAGGUGGAGCUGAGUGCUGCCACGGGCGAGCAUGUGUUUGGGGAGAGGCAUUCCGAGGCCUUGGAGGAUCUUCGGGCCAAGCAGUUGAAGCUCGCGCAGGCGUGGGCGCGCAGCGAGGCGGAUGACAGGUUUGUCGAGGCGAAAGAAGCGAUCCCGGCUAAGGGAUCUGUCUCGCAGCAGGGACAGGCGGUACGGGGUGGUGCUGGUGCUGGGGAGCCGGCGGCUGCUGCGGAGGAUGGCGGCGCUCGGAGUCUGGAUGAGGAGACGGAGAAUGAUAUUCUGCUAGCCCGCGAGAGACGCGAGGCUAAUGAUCGGUACUUUGACCGCGUCAACAAUGGUGUUCUGGAUGUCGUGGCCAAGUUGGAGGAGGUCGCCCAGGCUAUGCGUGCUGUUGAGAGGGAGAGUCGGGAUAUCUGGAGCGAUACUGAUAGCUUGAGCACGGCGACGCAGACUACGGCAGAUGCGGGGUGAUCUGGCAGAUGUGUAUUGGCACUUGAGUUUCGUCGACUGACUUUCUCUGAAGAAAAGUCAACUGACGUUUGUCCUCGCUUGCUGACGGUUGCCUUUUCUCAUACUCAGUAAAUGGGUCAGAUGAGCAAUAUGUGAGUUUAACUGUCGGCUGAACUCGAUAUCACUGUGCG